UAACUGGUCUACAAGUACAAGUAAGCGAUGCGGCACUUCACCCAGCACAGUAACUUGUAGAUCUACCGCACGUACCUCCAACUCUACCCUCUGAAAUCAGAGUCAUGAAAAUUAAUGCUAGCAAACGUUUGUUGAGGGUUUGGGUCCAGCCAUGACCAUUGUGUCAUCUUCCAGGAUGACAGGGCUUCUACUUUUCCCCUUCAAGUACCAUUGUUACAAUCUUUGUGAGUCCACUACCCCAAACUGGAAAUAAUUUCGUGAGCAGUGAGGGCUGUAGUCUGUGCAUGUGCCCGAUGCUAGGAAGGAAAGGCCGAAAUUCAUUUCUUGGUCGGUGGUUCUUCAUUCACAAGGCAUUAUUCAUCUCUCUCCGUGCAAAGUCCAUAAUAAUUAUAGUUUGCGCCGACAGUGGCAGUUUUCAGCACAAGUGUGGCUAGUGUGCUCUUGCUUUGAGGUGGGUAAAACCUCCCACCUGAAGCAUAACGAGUCCGGGGUAACGUCCCCCAACUCUCCAGACGACAACGGACGGUUAGUUUGUACGGCUGUGCUGGAGUUGGCGCUGAGAGUUAGCAAACAUGGCGUUGCCUCCGUCGGCCGUGCGAGUAGAAGUGCUGUCAGCAAAGGGCCUAUCUCACAAAGGAAAGUCAGCAUUCAAUGCUUUCGUCACAAUGCAGUUGACCAAUGGAGGGAAGAAGUUUGCAACGGCCACUAUCAACCACUCGGCAGAGCCAGUGUGGGAUGAGGAAUGUCAUUUGCCGGUGACAGGAAUGGACGCCGACCUAGUAUUGACUAUUCAACACCGCAACAAGCUUGGUUUGGAGGAGUUCCUUGGGAUGCUGACAAUCCCUCUCAGACAAGUCUCUUCAAUGUCAAGCUGGGCACAGUGGAUGGACCUGGAGGGCAAGGGUGGCAGCAAGGAAAAACGACGGGGAAGCUUGAAGACCAAAGUCAACUUCAUCUACGAUAUGAAAGCACCAGCAUCACCGAGCAAGAUAUCCCGAGUGGAGGAUCAGCCCUCACCACACGCUGGACAUAAGUUGUCCUCAAAGGCAAAGAGUGUAGUGAAAGGCCUGAGUGGAGCAUUGCAUCAUCAUGGCCGAGACAAGUCACCCAGUGCAUCGCCACGCAAGUCAUUUCUGGCAGUCCCGCAAGGUGACCACGCCAAGAGGAAGCUAUCUGUUGAUGAAGUCAUGAAUGACUUGCACCUGGAUGACAGUAUGGAGCUUGAACCGGCCGACUCGUCAAAAGUAAUGCCUCGAUCUGCAACAUGUGAUCUGUCGACGACAUCUACUGCAGGCAAAGAAGAUGGCACUGAAGAGACUGGGAGCAGUUGGUCGAGGAAAGGUUCGAAGAUGCGCCGUCGUCUGUCAAUGCCUUCGAUAAACCAGCACGGCAGUGGAGCAGGUCGGGGUAGCAUGACCAGUGUGAGUGCUAUUGAUGAGGCUACCGAAUCCACAACGGCCACUAGAUCAGGCUCCGGGUCGAACACGCCGGUUUCGGGCUCAUCACCAGUUUCCCAUUCUAAACACCGGCGUAUCAACACCAUAGCACAAACAUGGCUCAGCAGAACAAGAUCAGCAAGUGACACAGGUGUGGUGCCAACUGAAGAAGAUCUUAUCGCACAAGGAAACUUCACAUCUCUAUCGAAACAGACACUGCUGAAGGUUGCCACUCGCCAGCAUGAGGAGCUAGCUGAGAAGAAUGAAGAGCUGGCUAACUUACGUGGCUACAUUGAUAUGGUGCUGAUGAGGGUGAUCGAACACAAUCCAGAGCUUCUUGUCAACCUGUCAUCACCCCAGCACACAGGCAGGGAGCAGCGAGAUGGAGGUAGCAACAGUUACUAUGCCCAACGACCACUGGUACAAGCCUCGCAUACAUCUGACUCUGGCUGUGGCUCCGGCAAUACCAGCCCGGAGCGGUUCAGCCAAGACGACGCCCGGCACACGCGCUACCAGAGGUCUUCGAGCAGUCCUGUGGUUCCAUCGCACUUGCGACGGCCAUCGCUAGUCUCAGCAACGUCGUCGGACAGCCGGGAAGUGGCCUUCCAUUCUUCAUUCUCUGGUUCCAUGACCGGCCAUGGUACCGAUGGCACCACCGCACAUCAACGUACUGGUUCGGGCACUUCAUCUCUGCUGGAUUCAGGCUCGACAUCACUCAUCACCAGUACUGCUGACAGAAACAGCCAUGACGGUAGCAUGCAACAUUCAGCUCGCUACAGGCCAACAGGAUGAGUUAGCGGCACAGUGCCCUACUUGAAAUACACUGUACAUGAUGCAUUGAAGCAAGUUCUCAUCAAGCACAUCACAUGUCUUGUGGGAACCUUGAAAGGGGAAUGAUGGCGCCAACGUAAACGAAGUGUGCGCUACGAAACUGCUAUGAUAUAAAUUAU